CUGUGAGCAUUGGCGAGGCAGCUCCUGUCCCUCAUGUCUCUUUGUGGGAGCAACAACACACUUCCCGUGGCAUCACUGGAGACGAGGCAGAGCUCCGGGGGAGGAACGCUCCGGGGAACUCCACACAACUCAGCUGACAGUAGGAGGAAGAAUCAAGUGGCUUGCCAUGAUGGAAAAGUAAACAAAUCUGGACUAUUAGUGAGGCUUUUGAGGACAGGAGCCAUGUUCACAGGGGAUGGCGUGGUCAGUGGCCACUUCCUGACCGGGGGUGCGUUCAAGCCCCAUCAGGGACUGGAAGUAAACGCCUCCAUUCAAAUACAGAAUGGACAACACUUUGGGACCUUUCCUCCAUACCAGGGCCAGAUUUACAACAAUGCCAGCUUGCCCAAAGUGGAGAAUAAUGUUAUUACAACCACAUUCAAACCGAUACCCCUACCGGUGCCUCCAGCUGCACUCAAACUGGGGCAGGAAGGCUUCAAGAAAGUCUGCAGAACUGAGGAGCACAGCCCCUGUCCCUUCCCCGGACUGACCUCGGGGGUACUGGAGAUGCGUGUGAAAGAGGGGAGUAAGAUUCGCAACUUGAUGGGCUUCGCCAUGGCGCGGAUGCAAGGAGAGAAAGGACUUUGCGGUGGAGGAGAGGAUGGGCUCAGGCAGGUGGUCUUCACCGGGUCGGGCCGCGCCGUCACCAAGACCAUCACGUGUGCCGAGAUCAUGAAGCGCAAAGUGGGCUCGCUGCACCAAUUGACCAAGCUACAGAACAAGGUGGUGAAGGAAGUGUGGGAGAACACCGAGCGGGGUACAUCGGAGAUGACUGUGCACAGGACGGUGCCCUCCAUCAGCAUUCUGCUUUCCAAAGACCCGCUGGAUCCUCAGGAGCCGGGCUAUCAACCCCCAGAGACUCUCGGCACACUGUGGGAGGACAGAGAUGGGUGUGCCAUGCCAUCCGCAUUCAAGAGACCUCCAGAACCUACGCCGUUCAGCAGUUUGCCGGACUCCAAGCGUGUGUGCUUGGGUGAGGGGAUCUCCGUGACCCCCCUCCUGCACUGACUGGAUGUCAAACAUCAGAGUUCGUUUGGCACUGCCCUGCACUCAAGCACAACACCAAGACAAUCAGAACAGUCCCUGGGACAGAACAGCGUUUUCUCACCAAUUGCAUCCUGACUAGGAUGUUAACAGCUUGCCUUCUGUAACAUAAAGCUGUGAGAAUUGUGUUAAUGUACUUGUUCUAAAACCUUGAACUCAAUUACAAUACUUUUAAGAUUGAAAAAUAGCCAUGAACUGCAAAGACAAAGUUUUUUUUUUUUUUUUUUUAAUUUGUUCCAAGCUAAGAUUACAAAGUAAAACAGCUGAAACCCCUUGACGACAAAUGCAAAUCAUGCCAUUCGCCAAUUUAAUUUUUCUUAGUAUUACAUGUUACUCUCAGCCCAGUGCUAUUUUGGUUGUGUUGAAUAAAUCAAGUCAAAAUUACCAGAGGAUAUUCAUUAAAGAACAUGAAAAUGCCCAUUUCUGAUCACACAUUUUAACAAAGGAUUUUUUUUAGGUUUGAUUGGUAUAUGUUAUUUUGAACUACCAGCUGACUACCAUUUGUCCAUCACAUGUUACUUUUCCCCAUUAAAAGCAUGUAGCAAAAUAUGGAUCCUUUUACAGUUUUGUGCAAAGUGUGUGUUGCGAUUGAUGUAUGUCAAAAUAAAGAGUGCGCGUAUGAAUGUGUUUGAAAGAAAGAGCUGAAAGCCACUGGCAACAAAUGCAAAUCAUGUCAUUGUCCAUUUUUAGGUGCUUCCGUUAUAUUCUUCCUAAUGCUAUUUUAGCUGUGUUGAAUGAAUUACAUAGGUCAAAUUUGCCUGAGGAUAUUCAUAAUGAAAAAUGAUUUUUUUUUUAAUCCGACAUUUAUGUUAACAUAAACAAAUGCAAUUAUGUUAAAAUUUCAGUUUGGCCUACCGGCUGACUUUGUCCAUCAGAUGGUACCACUUUUCCCCCAUUCGAAGCAUGUAGCAAUAUGCGACAUUUUGGAGUUGCUGCUGAAAUAAGUGUGUAUCGCUCUUGAUGAGCGGCAAAUGUGUGAAACAGCUGAAAGUCACUGACGAAUGCAAAUCACGCCAUUGCCCAUUUUUCUUUUCCUCAGUAUUACGUUAUCCACCCCUGCUAUUUUAGUUGUGUUGAACGAAUUUACUAUAGCUCGAAUUUGUCUGAGCAUAUUAAUUUCCAAAAAUACUUGUUGACCACUAUUUGUCCACCAGAUGUCGCUACGUUUCCCCUUUAACAGCAUGUAGCAAAAUGUGACAACUUAUACUGUUUUGUGCAAGGUUGCCUUGCUACUGAAAUCAUGUGUCUCUCGUGAUUAUAUGUCAGAAUAAAGUGUGUGUGUGUGUGUGUGUGUGUGUGCGCGCGCGCAUCUGUUUGCGUGUGUGUGGCUGUAUAAAAAUGCCACUGGUGACAAAUGCAAAUCAUGCCAUUGUCCAUUUUUAUUUGUCUCAGUAUUAAAUGCUAUU